GCUCACUAACCAACUUGGUUCUAUUACAGUGUCCUCAGUAAUAAUGUUGUGUAUUUGUUCAGCUUCACAGUGGAAUUGGUUCAGAUACUAACUAGAUGGUGUGAUGUCACACUGAAAGAGAAAAUUGCCAUUAUACAUAUCACUGAGAAAGCUCAAUGACUGUCUGCAAGUAUCAUGAUGGUACAACUCACAUGAGCAGAUCCUAGCUAGGGGCUACCUGGCAAUAGCAGUUCAAGGGAAAUAAGUAAAUAAAUAUCACUUUUUCUAUUGGAUUUAUUCACUGAGUUCGAUUUUCUAGGUACCAUAAACCUUCACAUACCAAGAUGCCAAACUGGGGAGGUGGAGCCAAAUGCGGUGCCUGUGAAAAGACAGUGUACCAUGCUGAGGAAAUUCAGUGCAAUGGAAGGAGUUUUCACAAGACGUGCUUCCUCUGCAUGGCUUGCAGGAAGGCUCUGGACAGCACCACAGUGGCAGCUCACGAAUCUGAAAUCUACUGCAAAACUUGCUACGGGAGAAAAUACGGCCCCAAAGGCGUUGGCUUUGGACAAGGGGCCGGAUGUCUCAGCACUGACACCGGGGACCAUCUGGGCCUAAAUCUUCAACAAGGAUCACCAAAGUCUGCUCGCCCUUCUACACCAACUAAUCCUUCAAAAUUUGCCAAAAAGAUCGUUGAUGUGGAUAAAUGUCCCAGGUGUGGCAAAUCGGUGUAUGCUGCAGAGAAGAUAAUGGGAGGAGGAAAACCUUGGCAUAAAACAUGCUUCCGCUGUGCUAUUUGUGGAAAGAGUUUAGAGUCUACAAAUGUUACAGACAAAGACGGAGAGCUCUACUGUAAAGUUUGCUACGCAAAGAAUUUUGGUCCCAAAGGAAUUGGUUUUGGUGGCCUCACUCAAGUGGAAAAGAAAGAAUGUGAGUGAAAAGGAGUGGAUGCAGAGUGUCAGCAGAAAACAGUUGUCAAGUAAAACAAAAUCAUCACCUACUGCUUAUAACCUAGGGCAUUCGUUAAAUAUUUCCAUCUUGCAGGAAAAACUCGCAAGCUUGUACCUUAAGAAAUUCUUAGAACAGCUUAAAAAAGGUACACUGAUCAAGGCAGAUUCAUGUUUACCAUACAAGUGAAUAGAGACAAGAACUUCUGUUCAUGGAACACUGCUACUUUUUACACUAGUAUUUACCACUGUUCAGACUCAAAAUUUAAAGAGUCAGCACACUGUCCCAUUCAGACAGAGAUAGCCUAUGAAUCACAAGGGUCAGAGUCUUCUGAUCUAGGCCAGUUUCCUCAUAGCGUUUUGAAGAUUUUGACAUUAUUUCUACCAGGGCAGAGUAGGUAUCAUUCACUUGGACACAUAGUUUAGAAGAAUUUGAAAUUCUCUCUCUAAAAGGGAGAGCCUUCCGAAGAAAAAGCAAGUUUUCUUAGAAUAUAGUGUUUCAGUUUUGUUAUUGUACGUUUUUCAAGCUACAAUAAAGCACUCGUAUUGCUUCACAUUUUUGUUCACUUCAAUUUAAUUGUGCUUUAUGUCCCACGGUGCCACAGACUACUGCAUUUCAGGGAGAAGAUUACAUCUCCCAUUCCCUAACUGCAAGAACUCUGUCUCAUUACACUGCUUUAUUCUGCAUUGUCAGUUCUAGACAGCAUUUAACUUCAAUUUUUUGAUCUCGAUCUGCUUCCCUGCCAGUUUUUAUUAUGAAGUAUUUUGACUUCCUACACACUGCCCAGCCUGCCACGCUGGAAUCAUGCUGUAGCCUUCGCAUCUUGUGAACGUGACUGAUAUGGUAGCUAUUAUAGAUCUAUGCAUGCAGGUGAGAAUAGUUGUCUUUUCCAUAUAUGCUAAUACUUUCUAUCAUCUCCUUAUCAAUUUUCAUAAGCUAACAGGGCAUACAGACAAGCAAAACGUAAGGCAAGAAGGCUUUUUCUUAUGGUUCUGUGCUUACCUGUUCUUAAAUACUUCCCUGGUCAUAUAUCUCAUGAAUCUGUUUCAACCUGUAAAAUAUUCUUAGAAGCAUAAAAAUUCUGUUUUGUCACAUGUAAAACACCCAAAUACAGAGUGUCAUUAGAUUGUGUUCACAAUCUAAGAUAACCAGUUACAGGCCAAUUUUUAUAUUGAAUUUGAAGUGUGAACUUCCCCCUUCAUUUUUCAAAUGCAGUUUUAUUAUUUGCAAAAUAAUACAAAAGGUACGAACAAAGUUUUCAAAUUCUGCCCUAAAAACUACCCUUUUAGAAAGUAUAUUUAGUGUCAUCUUUUCAAAUAAAAUUUCAAAGUGUGUCAGCUCAUGCUAUAUAUAAAGAGACACAGUAAUUGUUUCAUAU